AUGUUCACUCGACUUAGAAUCAUUCAGCUGAUUUUAUUUACAAGUGUCAUCAUAUCCUCAAAAUACAGGAAUAAAUAAUUAAAAUUCGGUUCUCAGAAAGAUAUUCAGAAUGUCCGACUAUUUUAUGGAAAUGGGUCGAACACCUUUAAAUGAUGGUGAGGCUCCAAAUCAUUUAAUGCACAUGGCUCGAUUUCUAAGGGAAUUUGGAUUUUGGGAAUUGGAUGAACAAAGUCAAAGGAUUCCUCCACCAGCUUCGAAAGAGGCUGUUGAAAAUCUACCAGAAACUAAAAUUACCGAAUGCAAUAAACAAUGCCCUGUGUGUUUAAAGGAAUUCGAAAUUGAAAGUUUGGCAAAAACUAUGCCCUGCAAUCACUCGUUUCACAAAGAAUGCAUUCUACCUUGGUUGGAAAAGACAAAUUCGUGUCCUUUAUGCAGACACGAACUGCCCACGGACGAUGAAAAUUAUGAGAUGUAUAGAAAGGAAAAAAUACGAGCAGUUCAAAGGGAAAAAGAAAUAGAAAUUUUACACGAUUCUAUGUUUUCCUAGUAGUGCAAUAAAAUAUUACUUAAGGCUUAUUUAUUUAUAAAAAUUUAAUAAAAAAAAAUAAGUUAAUUUAAGAAAUUAUAUAUCUUUGUUCAAAAGACAGAGACGAGGGAUCAAAUUGUCGAUUAAUGUAAACUGUAAUUUUUUAAGUAUAAUUUAACUAAUUAUAAAAUGUUAAUCAACAAAA